AUGCCCAGAGGUGAAGCAUUUUCCACAUCGGACGCGUUUGCCGUCGCGCGUCAGUACGUCGAGGACACAAAUGCGACCAGGAGACGCAUCGUGGUCGCACGCGUAGAUGGCGGCACCAAAAUCACACACGAGUCUCUCCUCUCAUUCUGCAGACGUCACAAGUAUCCCUACAGGGCUGUGUGGCGGCAAUACCGGGCAUUCAAGACGACUGGGAGCCCGACAAAAUUGCCCAACGGGAGCAAUGAAGACCCGAAAACCCUGUCGGUUCGGGAGGAGACCGCCCUGGUUGCCUACGUCACCGAGCUCGAGCGCGCCGGGGUCCAGGCCACAGCUGGUAUGAUCAAAACCGCAGGCAGCAAGAUACUGUCCAGGCGCCGGACUCAUCGUAUACCCUCCAAAUGGUACUCUGAUUGGACGCAAAAGCACCCAGACCUGCGCCCUUCAACCGCCAAGCCGGUUCCGCUCAAGGAUAUCCCAUACGACACCAAGGUCAAGGAUAUCAAGCAGUGGUUUGAGAAAGCCAAGGAUCUGGCCGCCAAGCAAGAGAUCACGGCUUCCACCUGCUGGAGCGCCGAUGAACUCGGCACCAAGGAAGGUCAAAUCUGGGUUGUAAUGGUAAGGAAGCAGGUCGAUACGCCACCGCCGCCUCAUUACCGCAGCAAGGAUUCCUUCUCACUGAUGGGUGGUGGGAAUGCUGCUGGAGAUGCCCUCCGCCCGUUCUGCAUCCUCAAAAACUGGUCAGAGACGGAUCCAGUCACGGCCCUGUAUUACACCACACUGUGUGAAAGAAAAACUAUAUUUCACAGGUCAGAUGAAGGCUUUUCGAACGACAGCAUCAUGUAUAAUUGGAUCUGUCAGUUCAACAGGCAGACGUGGCCUAAGGCUGCUGAAGUUCAACGCCUGGGAUCUCCAUCCCUUGAAGAAUGGUUCGGCUAUCCUGCAUACACCAAGUUCUCUCACAUGAUGGAUGGGUUAGAUCCUAACCAUCUGAACGGCGAUAUGGCGCGCGGGAACGAACGCCCCCGAAUCUGGAGAUGGCUGGUGCUUGGUGGCGCCACCGGAAGGCUAAGCAUCGAGAUUAUCGACUACUGCCUGCGGUUUGAUAUUCAGAUCCUCACCUUACCCGUACAUGCAAAGCAAACUAUGCACCCGAUAAGGCAAGGACCGUGUCAAUAUCUAAAAACGACGGACCUGAACAAGUUGCUGAAUAUCUUUCGCAACAAGACGGAAGAAGAUUUUGUGUCCGCUUUUCAGUAUCAAAUGGAAAGAGAAUUUUCGGUUGGGCAUCUGAUGAGUGGCUUUGACGAUAGCGGCAUCUGGCCGCUCAAAGGAUCCAGAGUGCUUGACUAUCUACGUAGACCUCGGAACCCAUAGCCGCAGGGUGCGAUGUUCAAAGCAAAAAGGCAAGCCGUUAUGUGGCGAG